AUGGAGGAUACAACACGAUUAACAAAUGAUCAUUCAAUAAAACUAUUUAUUCAACGUGAUUAUUCUGAGGGUACUGCUGUUAAAUUUCAAGAACGUUUUCCUGCUGAACUUGAAGGAAGAAUAGAUCGUCAAGAAUUUAUUGAAAUUUUACGUGAUAUAAAUAGAUUUUUUGCUGAUGCUGAAGCAUUAUCAUGUACAACAUUUAUGGAAAAUUGUUGUACUUGUUUAACAGGUUAUUUACUUUUACUUUGUAUGCCUACACAUUAUGAAAAAUGUGUCAAACGUGCAGCAAAAUAUAUUGAAGAAAAAAACGAAAGUGUUCUUAAUCCUCAUGGUAUAUUUAUGGUUGAUCCAAUGGAAAAAGGACUUCGAUGUAUUGAAGUAUGCAUUGCAAAUGCUCAUCGAUAA